AAUCACUGUGGAUUUGAUUUGACUCAAAGCUUCCACUCUGAGACCUUAACUAUCUUCAGCAAAUCACUUGGAGGUAACUAUCAUUUCCUCCAUUCUAUAAAUGAAGCUACUGAGGCCCAGGGAUGAUCCAACUUGCCCAAGUGACACAUAGUUAAGUGUCAGAGCCUAAUCAAGCCUGUCUAACUCCAAGAUCUACCGUGCCUCUUAGGUAGAGGAAGAGCAAAAGCCAGGGGUCAGGAACAUGCCAGAAUCUCCCUUUGCAUCAGGACCCACCCUGCCCUAGGAGUCUGUCCCCUUGUUUCCUUUCUGCCCCCAAUCUCCACACUUAGGUCCCUUCCAGGAAUGUUCUUUUCCAUGUCUCUCCCCAGUGUGGUCCCUGGGCUGAAUAGGGGCUGGUAGCUCUUGGGCAGCUCUAAGACACCUUUCCCCUAAAGGUCCUCUAAAAAAGGAACAGCUACUGCACCACCAGCCUGGGGACUCACAUCCCCACACAUCUGAACAAGGUUUGUGCAUGACUGGCAAGUGCUUGGAUCAGGAGUCAGCCAAACCGAGUUACUAGCCAAUCCCGCCUAGUAACUGGCCAAUAACACCAGCUUUCUCUUUAAAAAGCGUCUAUUCUGGGACAGACAUUUCACUAGGGAUAUCCUUCAUAUUUUAAAAACCGAAUCCCCCCUCCUCCGCGAUUGGCCCUAUUUUACAAAAGAGGAGCCUCAGGCUCUCGGAGGGGAAGCGACCGGCAUGAGGACAGCACGUCAGUCACCAGGCUGGGACUAGAACCCACCUAGGCCCCAGAUUCUGCUGUUGCCUAGGAGCUGAGGAGGGAGGAGCUGCAGAGCGGAGGGGGGAGGGGAAAGAGCGAGGGCGAGCUCCCAGCAGCGCGCGCUGACGACAGCAGGUGAUUUUUUUCUGCAGCGCGCUUUCUCUCAGCAUCUUUCCUGGAUUUUUUUUCCCCCUGCCGAGCCGUAGAUAAGGGUGGGGCCGCUUCCCUGCAGCAGAGACGGCAGCGGCAGUGGCUGCAGCAUCAUUGGGAGCAGCUGCUGCAGCAAUGCUCGGUCUCCGCUGGAGAUGAUCGCCUCCUAGCCCUGCCUGCUAGGUGGCCGGCUGCGACGGGACGCCUCGGAGUAGGAAAAUACAGCCUCGCUCGUGGACCCGAAAGCCACACUCCUCGGCCUUUCCUCUACGCCAUGGCUUAAGCCCGCAGCCACCUCGCCUCGCGUCGCCUCGCUUGGCCGGGGUCUGCGCGCCGCCGCCGCCGCAGCAGGGAGGGGCGCGACCCAGACGCCCUCGCCCGGGGACUCGGGAACGCCUUGUGUCUCAACCAUCGGUGCCCGCAGCCGACAGCUCUCCCAAGACCUUUGCAGGCGGCUCCCGGAGGCGUUUGCAGCCGGUAAUCGGGGGGAACUUUAUGGACUUUAUCUCAGUGAUAGCUUCACCUUCCUGGGUGCUCUCCGAGGGAGGAGACCGAGGUAGCUCAGGCCACUGAGGGAAAAACAGUGGGAACCAGAUUAGCGACUGGUCGAGGGCCAAGGGACUGAAGUAAGAUUAGAGACUUGCUUUAGAACCACAAAAAAGAAAGAGGGAGGGCCAGCUUUGCAGCUAGCAUCAUGGCGUGGCCGUGCAUCACGCGGGCCUGCUGCAUCGCCCGCUUCUGGAACCAGCUGGACAAGGCGGACAUCGCUGUGCCGCUGGUUUUCACCAAGUACUCGGAGGCCACCGAGGCCCCGAGCGCCCCGCCGCAGCCGCCGCCGCCGCAGCAGCAGGCGCAGCCGGCGCACGCGCCCCCCUCGGCGCGGGCGGUCGCCAUAGAGACGCAGCCGGCCCAGGGCGAGUUGGAUGCAGUUGCCCGGGCAACGGGGCCGGCGCCGGGGCCUAGCGGCGAACGCGAGGCGGCGGCUGCCCCCGGCCGGAGCGGGCCCGGCCCUGGCCCGGCCUCCGGCUCCGCCUCCAACGCGGGCCCCGCGGACUCGGUGAUGCGUCAGGACUACCGCGCCUGGAAGGUGCAGCGGCCCGAGCCGAGCUGCCGGCCGCGCAGCGAGUACCAGCCUUCCGACGCGCCCUUCGAGCGCGAGACCCAGUACCAGAAGGACUUCCGCGCCUGGCCGCUGCCGCGCCGCGGAGACCACCCGUGGAUUCCCAAGCCCGUGCAGAUCCCCGCGACCUCCCAGGCCUCGGUGCCAAUUCUCGGGGCGUCCAAGCGCCGGCCGCAGAGCCAGGAGCGCUGGCCCGCGCAGGCCGCCGCCGAGGCCCAGGAGCAGGAGGCGACCCCUGGCGGAGCGGGUGGCCUCGCAGCCGGAAAGCCCUCCGGUGCCGAUGAGCGCGACACACGCAGGAAGCCCGGGCCCGCCUGGAUGCUGCGUCGCGCCGAGGGUCAGGGGCCGGAGCAGACGCCGCUGCCCGCAGCCCAGGCCCAGGUCCAGGCCGCGGUCCCCGAGGGUGGCAAGGGGCGCGCAGCGGCGGACGCCCUCAACAGGCAAAUCCGCGAGGAGGUGGCGAGCGCGGUGAGCAGCUCCUACAGAAAUGAAUUCCGAGCAUGGACGGACAUCAAGCCUGUGAAACCAAUAAAGGCCAAGCCCCAGUAUAAGCCUCCAGAUGACAAGAUGGCUCAUGAGACCAGCUACAGCGCCCAGUUCAAAGGGGAGGCCAAUAAGCCAACGCCAGCCGACAAUAAGGUGAUUGAUCGCAGAAGAAUACGCAGCCUCUACAGUGAACCUUUCAAGGAACCCCCAAAGGUGGAAAAACCUAGCGUUCAGAGUUCCAAACCAAAAAAGACCUCAGCAAGCCAUAAGCCCCCACGGAAGGCCAAAGACAAGCAGGUGGUGUCGGGCCGGGCUUCCAAGAAAAAGAGCACAGAGGGUGCCAGUGCCGCCCAGCCUGAUGACAAGGAGCAAAGUAAAGAGAUGAACAAUAAACUGGCUGAGGCUAAAGAGAGCCAGGUUGAACUCACCAGUGAUUCACGUAAGAAUCGAGGUCCUGUAGCCACAGAGCCAGACAAGGAUCAAAGUCCUAUGGGCCCAGGGCCUCUGAAAGAUCAAGGUCCUGUGAUCCAAGAUCGUCCAAAAGAUCAAGGCCCUAUGGUCCCAGAGCCUCUGAAGGGUCAAGCUCCUGUGGUCUCGGGGCCUCUGAAAGAUCUAGGUCCUGUGAGCCCCGCUCCAGUUAAGGAUCAAGAUCACGUGGCCCCUGAGCCUUUAAAGAAUGAAGGGUCUGUGAUCACAGCACCAGUAAAGGAACAAGGUUCCUUGGUCCCGGUGCCUCCAAAGAAUCAAAGUCCUGUGGCUCCAGAAAUAGUUAAGGAUCAAGGUGCCAUGGUACCAGAGCCUCCAAAGGAUCAAGGGCCCAUGGUCCCAGCGCCUGUCAAAGAUCAAAGCCCCGUGGUCCCUGAGCCUGUGGAUCAAGGUCCCAUGGUCUCAGCACCUGGCAAAGAUCAAGGUCCUAUGGUUCCAGAGCAUCUGAAGGAUCAAAGUGCCACGGUCAUAGCACCUAUAAAGAAUGAAAGUCCUGUGCUCUCUGAGCCUGUAAAGAAUCAAGGUUUAGUGGUUCUGGAGCCAGCCAAGGAUCAAGGUGGAGUGGCCCCAGAGAUUCUGAAGGAUCACGAUUCUGUGGUUGAGGCACAUGUAAAGAAUCAAGGUCCUGUGGUCCCAGCACUAGUCAAGGAUCAAGGUCCCAUGGUCCCAGAGCCUCCAAAGAAUCAAGAUCCCGUGGUCCCUGAGCCUGUGAAGAAUCAAGUUCCCAUAAUCCCAGUGCCUCUGAAAGAUCAAGACCUUCUGGUGUCACCACCAGCAAAGGACCAAGGUCCUGUGGUCCCUGAACCUCUGAAGACUCAAGGUCCCAAGGGCCCUCAGCUGCCCACUGUCUCACCUCCACCCCCAGUCAUGAUCCCAACUGUUCCCCACGCGGAGUAUGUUGAGAGUUCCCCUUGAUACUCACCCCUCGACACGCCAAGGAAGGAUCUGGCGGUGGAAGUGCUCCCUCCCAGGGGCAGCGAAGACACAUAUUUAAUCUGCAUGAAACACGCACUGUAUAGUCUUGCUGGGAUCUAAUAAAGCUGGUCCCUGUGGCGCA